AUGGCUAUGAAUGACACCGAAAGUAAAAGUUCCAACCACUUAUUCAAAUAUCGUUCUGGAGGAUGUCGAGCGUUGGAAUUAAGACCAACAGACGAACAAUCACUCCCUGAAUACGUUUCCGGACGUUGCCUAGCCAGCGACCUGGGAGCGAUCUUCGAGCCAUUGAUUGCGAUGGUAUCUGCGACAGUGACUACAAGAUAUACUCUUUAUUAUGAGCAAAGACGAAUAAUCUCAAAUACUAAACCUAUGGGCUACACCUUCAUUUCGGGACGUCUUAGUGUAAUUCUGGAUCCAUAUGCAUUAUCAUUACUCGCAUCGUGUCUUCUUUUGGGCUGUUCGAUUUCCUCGUUCACGCAUCGACGCCAGGUGCAUGAUAGAUGCCAGUCGCUUAUUCUUGUGUUCGCCAUUCUUACAGCCACCACCAUAGGUUUUGGGUUAGGAAUAGAUGCCAAUCUCAUAAUGCUAGGAUUUGUUCCUUGGGCUCUGAUUCUCGCAAUGGUUUUCAGUGUUUUCGUUCAUUGGACAGUCAGACGUCACCGUAGAGCUCAGAACUGCUCUGGAGUGUUCUUCCUUGAAAGAAUUGGAAAAAGCGUAAUGACUUCAAGGUUUGAACAGGCCCACGGCUGCUGA